AAUUUAAACAAAAAUGAUCGCAAACUUUUUAAAGCUUUUUGUAAUUUGAAACCACUGACCCAAUCGCCAAACGACAAUCUUAUUUAAGGAAUAAAAUCACCAAUAAUUGUUUGAUUUAUUGCCAAAAAUUAGUUAAAAAACUCUUUAUAGUUUAUGUGCAGUAACAGUUUCAUUAAAUUCACAGCAAAAGGCAGCCGAAAGAUAACUAAACAUGGAAAAUUCUUCAGCUAAUUUUCGGAAACCAAUUAAACUAAGUGAUUUGUUAUCUGGAACAACUUUUGAGUUUUCAUCAGUAGAUGAAAAACAGAUUGCUUCAUCAGUUCAAGAAGAAAUCGAUGAACUGAUUUGGCAUGUGCCUGAUGAGGACUUAGAUAAGCAUAAAAAUCCUUGUUCAACAUCUUUCACUGAAUGGAAGGCCCAAAUGAUUGAAACUUCAGAAGGUGUUUUCAAAAAAGUAUUAGAGGAAUCAGAAGAUCCAGCAGCAAAUUAUAUUGAUUUGAAUACUACUCGGGUUACAUAUCACCGGAAUAUGUAUAUGGAAAAUGAGGAUUCUCCUUUUGAUUCGACUUAUCUCAACAAUAAAACUGACGUUAUUUGUUUAGCAAUGAACCCUCGUGAUUACUUGGAAGGUUUUCUUGAAGCACUUUCAACUAUGAAAGAAGGCGAACAUUCAAUCUUUAUUAUCAGUUACAAAAAAAUGUUCAAGGAAACAGGAUGUGAGCCGAGAAUAAACCCAAAAGCUGACAUUCUUCUUGAUUUAAAAGUUAUUAAAGUAGAGUUGGUAGGAGAUGAAGAGAAAGUUUUGAAAACGUCGAAUUCGAAACAAAAAUUCAAGGAUAUUAAAGGUUCAGUUGAAGAAACACGUUUAAGAGCAUUGGAUCACUUUCAUCAAAAGAAAUGGAGUUCAGCUAUAGAAUUAUAUCAAAGAAUACUUCAAAAUGUUGAUUUGAGUGAAACAGACAAUGAAAAAGAGAGCAGCAACCAGAAAUCAAUUUUAUCCCAAACUCACUUGAAUCUCGCAAUAUGUUACAACAAAAAAGAGGAUUGGAAUAGUACGAUGCAGCACAUAAGUGCCUUUAAAGAGUAUUCUGACAUUGGAAAAAAUCCUAAAGCCUUGUUUACUUUGGGUCGUGCUUUAAUGAAAGUUGGAGAAUUGGAUAAAUCUCUCGAAUCUCUAAAAAAGGCUUUUGCACUUCGACCUUUCGAUAAGACAAUUAUAAAUGAACUGGAACAACUGCAGAAGGAAAUGAACCAGUAUAAUGGAUUUGUUAAGUCAUUUCAUCAAAAUUUGAUGCUUAAUUAAGUAAAGAGAUAUGAAGUGGGAGAAAAACAAAUGAAGUAGAGACCCUACACAAGAAAGAAAAAUGUCUGAACUGUAAGCCAAUAACUUUAGCUCUUAAUAAACUUGAAAUAAAACAUAAAAGAAUUAAAAACA